UCUCCGUUUUGAAGUAGGAGCUUCUGCAGCAACUGGUAAGUGUUUGUAAAAACAAAUGCAUUUAUACCUGAAGAUUCCCAGUUCUUCUAAAUCAAAAUAAUCAUCAAUUGGAAGGGCAGCUGAUGCUGGGAGAAGCUUAGGCAGGAAAGCAAGACUGCCUGGAGCAUGAGAGCAGCGUGCAUUCCUCUCUGUCCUUACACACCCUUUUUUCAUAUUACUAUACAGACUUCUCAGUUACAAGCACACGACUCAAAGUUAUCAUUAACUAUACUGUAACAAAACAUUUUUCAUGAGCUUGUCGAAUGCUGACACAAUUAGGCCAGUGGAAAAGAUUCAUCAGUCUGUGCAAGCAAUGCGUGCUUACCCCUAGGAACAAAGGUGACUUAAAAAACACUUGCGUACAUUUGGCAGCAGGGAUUGUAAUUAUGACAAAGAACGAAUCCAAGCAUUUUUGCUUUACAGUGUGUUGUUUAAGGGCUUGUCUAGGCUUGUUGAUGACAAGUGUAGGUAACUCUACAGAGAGGGAAAAUGGAAACCACCAGUACCACAGGCUUGUCCUUACGUCUAUCCGAUAGAAGAUGGUAGCCUGAAAUGCCAUGACUUAAUUACAAGUACACGACACUGUUACGCACAGUAGUAUCUUCUGAAAAUAGCGAAGUUACAGCUACGAACAGCAAGCUUUUAUAGUGCCUGUGAGCUUUUACUCUCAUUUCUACUUCUUCAGCUUACAGCAAUACAGAAAAAAUAGUGCUUUGUUAGCCAAGUCCCAUCCAUCCAUCCAUAUAUAUGAGAUAGUGAAUACUCUCCGUUUAAUCAAUAUAUUUUAGAGCUCUUCUGCGUCAGGGCUCUUCUGCAAGCAACAAGUCUUUUACCUGGAUUUGCAUUAGAAGUAUAGUGGACAAGGAGAGGUUGAUAUUUACGCAAGCUUCUAUUACCUUAUGGCUCGUUCUUCCCCAUGUAGUAGAGACAGACACACCAGCAGUACACGGAUGCAGCUGAACAUCCCUGCAAACUGCUGUGUUCUGCAAACUACUGGGACCUCAAGGUGCUAAAACAGCUCUUUGGUGUUAUUUUUCUGCGUAACAAUGGCUACAGAUCAGCGUACUCAGGCUUUACCCUGGAGAUAAAACCAUGUGCCAGCUCUCAUCCUGCCCCUUCCCCCAGUUAUUGAUGGUAUGGGUGCCUAUAUAGUUACGUACUGAAUACAUGUCCUCAUGGCUGCCCUUUACAACUGCUGGCAUGUCUUCACAAUGCAUAUAUGAAGAACAAGAGCGGGUUGGAAAACAACCUCUUGGGGGAACACUGACGAUUGUUCUCAAACCCCAGGCUACUCCACCGGGAACAGUUAGCUCCUUGUUGGGGACAGAAACAUCAGCUGGGCACAUACACACUGACUGAGGAUUUGUUCUCUGCUCCAGAAACAAAACAAGAAUUCAGUGGGCCUGUGUUUAUCUACAGUUUAGUUGCCCUCCUUUUCGAGGCAAUACUCCUCCAUAGACAUGAACAGGGUUCACUGUUGAGAUGGACCAAAGUGGUGUGGCAGGGCGCAGUCCUUUCCAUGGCCUUCUCUAUUCUGGAGAAAGUAAUUACCAGCACGCUCUUGAUGGUAAAUUUAAGGUGACAAUAGCGUAACAGCUGACCUUACACAGGCAAAUUUACAAUGCAAACCCCAGGAAAUAACAGCUUCUCCUUGUCCAGAACACCUCGGUGAUGAUUUUCCUGUUUGAUCCAAGCAGAAUACAGGUGAAACAGACAGUGUACUUCAUAGAAAGUGCUAAACCUGCAGAGAAUGGUUCCAGGCCCCAGCAUGUUCUAACAGGCUCAACUAGUAAACUCCUCUUGACACGACCCCAUUUUUGUGUCAUUAGAUAAAGGUUUGCAAGUGCUGUUUGCAUGUACUUUUUUUAACUGAGCCUUUUAAUUGAACCAGAAUAUAGCGUAUCAGCCAGCUCUCUGCACGCAGGGUGUUUUCUGCUAAAAGUCAUUCCCAGCUGUUGAUUUCAGAUGUCUCAGAGAGCUUGGGUGAAUGGAGCUGCAAGGGAUCUGCACGAAGUGUGGGAAACACGGGAGGUGUUCUCAGACAUCAAACUGUGAAGUUUAAUCUGCCCUGUAGUGCUGCCACCUAAACAGGUCUAGAGCUGCAGCUGGUUAAAUGGAGAGUCCAGCUCCACUUUGUGUACUACAAACACAAUAGAGUUUCACAAUAGCUUUGUAUAACCCCUUUGUGCACAUAUCCAAGGGCUAAGGGGGCUGACCGGUCUCAAAUGCCAUUCAAAACAGCCUGCUAUCAGAGAACACUGUGCCUUUCAUAACACGUCGGCAGAAACCUUGCGAGGAUGGUCUUAGCUGUUUACAGCCAGAUUUGUGCCCACCAGGGUUAAAAAGGAAAAGCUCUCACCCUCUAACAUCACCUUGUGACCCGAGCUGGACGGCUGUGACAUUGCUUUUCGCGCAGUUCUUUCUCCUGAGAGCACGAAACCGACCGCUGACCCAGCCCUAAGCAGGCACGGCGCCAUGGAAGCCAGUGGAAGUUACGCAAGGGUGCGAAACUGCUUAUGGAGCCAGAUCACACACUGGACCCAGUGUUGCCCGGUGGGCAGGAGGUGGGGCUUUCGGCGUUCGCGUGGAAGCUCUCCAAUGAGACCCAGAGGUCUGGGUUUCCUCGCAGCUCCCCCUGCAGCAGGGCUGAGGCAUGGGCGGAGUCUGCUCACACUAAAAUACACACCGACGUGCAGCGCCUCGUGGGUGCGCGCAGCUCCAAUAGCCGGGACAGCCUGCCCGCCACAACAUCUGGCAAGAUGAUCAAAUCCUUCAAGCAAACGUUUCUGUCCCUGGAUCUGCAGUCCCCCAGAUGGAGCUCCAUAGAGACCAUGGCAAAGGACUCCGAACUGCGCCAGUAUGAGACAGCCAAGUGGGUCAGCACAGUCAUUAAGGGAGAGACCCAGAAGGAAGCAAUGCGCCAGGGCUUCUGGAAACUCUUCCACUACAUCCAAGGGAAGAAUGAGAAAGAAAUCAAGAUUGAUAUGACCGUGCCAGUGACAUGCCUGGUAAAAUCUGGCUGUGCAGACUUCAAGAUCUCAUUCUUCGUGCCAUUUGAACAUCAGGACUCCCCACCACAGCCCACUGACUCAGACGUGUUUGUUGAGGAGCGGAAGGCAGCAGCCAUCUUUGUCAGGUCCUUCAGUGGAUUUGCCUCACCAGAUAAGUUUGCUGAAGAAGCUGAAGUUUUGGCUAAACUCUUAAGAAACAGAGGCCAACCAUUCCAUGAAGACUUCUUUUACACAGCAGGCUAUGACAGUCCCUUCAAGCUCUUUAACAGGCACAACGAAGUGUGGUAUUUUAGGAAGUAAUACAGGAGCAGAGAAUACUAGGAGGCUACUAAUCAACUCUGAAUGAAAACAGACCUUAUUAAUGGCUUUUGCUUUACUGCAGAAGAUACUUGCAUGUGAACACAGGAACAUCUCUAAUUCAUUUUAUCUAGGAUGAAGCUACCCUGGCUAAAAACUCAAGUAGCUCACACCAGCUGGAGUGGGAGGGAGAUUAAACUCAAUCUUGUUCCUCCUAAUGAAAAAUUCUGGGAAGCAUCAGAAAAUAUUCCUGUAAGAGUUUAGAUGUCUAGUUUUACUUCUUGUUAUAAGUGCUGCACCAACAGCUCAAGUGUUACAGUGAGCACAUUCUUCACAGAACUUUCCCUGUGACAUCACAAAAAGAUGAGGGAAGAGCAUUAGUUUUUUUUCAGAAAGAUGGCAUUGAGUUUUGGUAACAGAUAUGCCUUAACAGGCUCUGGUAUCAUAUAAACAUUUGUGCUUUUCAAUAGGAUUAUCAAGAUCUCCCACCUCUGUUAGUAUUUUCCUUCCUCACGGAGGCUGGAAUGCCAUCAUGCUCCAUGCUAAUACCACUGACUAGAUCAGACUUGAUCCAGUGGAAAAGUGUUCACAGAACCCAAGCCAUAUCGUUGUCCCCCCCAAAAAAAUCCAUUGUUUUGCUACUUUUUUUGUAAACUUCACCCAAACCUAGGUAUUGCUCAGGUCAACUCCAGACUGCCUUAACACUAGUAUUAGCUACACUCUACAGCAGG